UGCCCCUCCGCCCCGGCGCGUGCCGGCUGCAGCCUCGGCUCCUCCCUCGUCGGGUCCAUCCCGCUUCUGAGUCUCCGGCCUCCCUCCCGCCUCUGCAGUCCCGGCUACGGCUCCGGCUCCCUGGGGGGCGCGAUGGCGGAGGCCGUGGAGCGCACGGAUGAGCUCGUCCGUGAGUACCUGCUUUUUCGCGGCUUCACGCACACGCUGCGGCAGCUGGACGCGGAGAUCAAGGCGGACAAGGAGAAGGGGUUCCGGGUGGAUAAGAUUGUGGAUCAGCUGCAGCAGUUAAUGCAAGUUUAUGAUCUAGCUGCGCUUCGAGAUUAUUGGAGCUACCUUGAGCGUCGUCUCUUCAGCCGCUUGGAGGAUGUCUAUCGGCCUACUGUCAACAAACUAAAGACCAGCCUGUUCCGUUUUUAUCUCGUCUAUACAAUCCAGACAAACAGAAAUGAUAAAGCUCAGGAGUUCUUUGUGAAGCAGGCCACCGAACUCCAGAAUCAAGCAGAGUGGAAGGAUUGGUUCAUCCUGCCCUUUCUUCCAUCUCCAGACACCAACCCUACCUUUGCCACCUACUUCUCUCGGCAGUGGGCCGACACUUUCAUCGUGUCCCUCCACAACUUCUUGAGUGUCUUGUUUCACUGCAUGCCAGUGCCAGUAAUCCUGAACUUUGAGACUGAGUGUCAGAGAACUUCUCAGGUACAAGAGGAGAACGAAGUUCUGCGUCAGAAGCUUUUUGCAUUGCAAGCAGAAAUCCAUCGGAUGAAGAAAGAAGAGCAGCAGCUUGAGGAGGAAGAGGCAGUGGUCCAACACAAACUCCCUCAUUAUGUAUCCAAUAUGGACCGCCUGGGAGACUCAGAACUCGUCAUGGUAUGCAACCAAAGGAGUGCCUCGCUUUCCCAUUCCCCCAAGAUGGGGUUCUUCUCGGCUCUGUUGCCUCAAAGUAAGAAGAGUCCCUCCAGAGUAUCUCCAGCUAUGGGUCUCCCUCAGGCACAGUCCUCAGUGAAAAAGGAGUUAGCUAACAAUCAGAUCCUUAAAGGAAAGGAAGUCACAACAGGAGUCAAGGAUGGGAAGAACAUCUUCAGUGGCUUAUCAACUGGGGAGCCCGGCUUGGCACAUCAUCGACAGAAGCGCCUGCAGGAUCAUGGCAAGGAAAGAAAAGAGCUGUUAUCCAAAUCGGCUUUCCAGGGUCCAGAGAAGAAAACAGAAGUCUGUGGCCCAGAGACAGAGCCUUCCCCAGAGCUCCAUGUUGAACAAGCAGACCUGAUUACCAGAACUUCUGGAGCUGCCCUAGAAGGGAGUGGCUUCCGCCCUGAGCAGCCUUUCAUUGUAUUGAGCCAGGAGGAGUAUGGAGAACAUCACUCUUCCAUCAUGCAUUGCAGGGUGGAUUGCUCUGGGAGGCGGGUUGCUAGCUUAGAUGUAGAUGGAGUCAUCAAGGUGUGGUCAUUCAAUCCCAUCAUGCAGACCAAAGCUUCUUCCAUUUCCAAGUCACCACUUCUUUCUUUAGAAUGGGCCACCAAGCGGGACAGGCUGCUUUUACUGGGCAGUGGAGCAGGAACGGUGCGUCUUUAUGACACCGAAGCCAAGAAGAAUCUCUGUGAGAUCAAUAUCAAUGAUGACAUGCCUAGGAUCCUGUCACUUGCCUGUAGCCCCAGUGGCACUUCCUUUGUCUGCUCAGCUGCAGCCCCUAGCCUCAUAUCACAGAUGGACUACACAGCACUAGACAGUGGCAUCAAAGGCACGAACCAGGUUCCUGGCAAGCUCUUGCUGUGGGACACUAAAACCAUGAAGCAGCAGCUCCAGUUCUCUCUGGAUCCAGACCCCAUUGCUAUUAAUUGUACUGCUUUCAACCACAAUGGGAACCUGCUGGUCACAGGGGCAGCUGAUGGAGCCAUUCGGCUCUUUGAUAUGCAGCAGCAUGAGUGUGCCAUGAGCUGGAAAGCCCACAGUGGGGAGGUCUAUUCUGUGGAAUUUAGCUACGAUGAGAACACUGUCUACAGCAUUGGAGAGGAUGGGAAGUUUAUUCAGUGGAACAUCCACAAGAGUGGCCAGAAGGUGUCUGAAUACUCUCUCCCCAUGGAUGCCACAGGCCCCUUUGUGUUGUCUGGUUAUAGUGGAUACAAGCAAGUCCAGAUUCCACGGGGUCGUCUCUUUGCUUUUGAUUCUGAGGGAAAUUACAUGCUGACUUGUUCUGCUACAGGGGGCAUCAUCUAUAAGUUGAGCAGUGAUGAGAAGGUCCUGGAGAGCUGCCUGAGCCUUGGGGGUCACAGAGCCCCAGUGGUCACAGUAGACUGGUGCACAGCCAUGGACUGUGGGACUUGCCUUACUGCUUCCAUGGAUGGCAAGAUCAAGCUGACAACAUUGCUGGCUCAGAAAUUCUGAUGGGGCCCUGAGCCGGGGAAGCGUUACAGAAUGUGUAUGGAAUCAGUAUUAGCCUGAGAUUGAGAACCAUGGGGAGCAGGAAUCCAGAAAAAACACUGGUUCUGGAUACUCACAAACUCCCAUUGGGCUGGGGCAAAUGGCUCAAGAAGACCGAUUGCUGGUGACUUUUCCUCUGACUCCUGUGGACAUCGACAGUAUUUUGUGUAUAGAUAGUUCUUGCUUUGACCUAAGUGGACCUUUCCAUAGACCUCUACAUAAAACAGUUUUUACAUAAUGUGAAUUUGCCCAUGGAUGUGGGGCAGAGAGGGAGAAGAGCAGGAAGGGGGCUGAGCGCCUCAUGGGAGAGGGAGCUGGCACGCGGUUCAAAGACACAUGGAGCCGGAGACAGAAGCGCAAGCAGGAGGGAGGACAUGCAACGGCGAGGGCCAGCCACAUGGGGGCCUGACUGGAACUAAGAGGAAGAACUCUGGGGGGCAGACAAGUGGGGUCUGGAAAUGAACACAGACGGGAGGAUAGGUGACGUGGGGACUAGAGACAGAUAUGUGCUAAUCAAGUGUGGAUGGGCAGAAAACAGGCCUUCAGGGGGCAUGUGGGUGGUUAAAAUAUGGCAAAGUCUCAAGCCAAGCAUGGUGGGGGUGGUCUCUCUCUCUCUCUGUGUUCUGAUUUUUGGAGGAUUUUUUUUUUUUUUGUGGGGCAAUGGGGGUUAAGUGACUUGCCCAGGGUCACACAGCUAGUAAGUGUUAAGUGUCUGAGGCCAGAUUUGAAUCCAGGGCUGGUGCUUUAUCCACUGUGCUACCUAGCUGCCCCAGGAUUUUUUUUAAUGGGGAUGGGGCGGGGGUGAGGUAGGAGACCAGAGCUUGGAACCAAGGAGCAAGAGCAUAGAGAGAGAGCAUAGUAUUGCAUGGUCAAGUUAACAUUGGUGUUGUUUUUGGAAUGUAGAUUUCUUUCAAAAUUCUUAAUGUAAUGUCAAAUUUGCAUGAUGCAAAUUCAUGUAAAGCAAGAACUGUCUAUAUAUUUACACAUUUCUCAUUCUCCUUUUCUUAAAAGAGUAUUGUUUGCACUCUGGUCUUUCUGUAGAAGUGGUAUACUAGAAAAGAAGCUGCUUCUGUAACUGUGGUGACACUUGGUUAUAACCAUUUUGGCAUUAUUAAAAAAGCAGAAGCAUUGUCCUGGGAGCUUAACCAUCUCCUUACCUCCCCAGAUAGGAGAAAUAAGAUGAAUCAUGGCAGUGUGGUGUAGCGGAUAGUGCUGGAUUUGAAAUAAGAUGGUAGUUCAGUCCUGCCUCUGAUGUUUACUAUCUGUGUGACCCUGGGAAAGUCACUCUCAGCCUUAGGCAACUCUAAACCUUGUGUACUAGCUUAUAGCCAGGUGGCAGUCUGUAUUAGUGGAAGAUUUCACACACUUAUACAAUCUCAGAUUAAAUACGUGUGUUACUUAGUGAGCUUUCCAUAGUAUCUGUCCGAGGUGUUGGUUUAUUGUAGAGGUGAGGCUAUUUAUAUAAAUUCAAUCUGUAAUUCUUACUUGGCUUCCAUUCCAUAUAUGCACCUAUCUAUGUAUAUGUUCUCUAUCCCAUUGACUUCAUACUGCAUUCUAGAUGAAAGAUUUAUUUUUCUGUCAGAAAGCUUUAUGAGGGGAUGUGGUUUCUUCUCUCGUGGAAAAGAUAUGUGUAGCAGAUCUAAGGUGGAGCUAAGACCCUUUGCAUAUCUCUAGCAGACAGACCAUGGUGGCUGUUUUCCCAGGACUAUUUCCACCCUCUAUGUUUUCCUCUUGAUGGUUGUCUUAUACCUUCUAACUCAUAAGGAUGAAUUAGCUCUAGGAUUUGGAUCUUAAUUCUAACCCCUGAUCUCCUGUGUACAGACAGUCUUUACCCUUUUGCAGGAAUAGAGAAAGGUGGUGAGUUGUCCAGGUUGUGAAAUUUGGUGGCAGAGCUCAGACUAGAAGCCAGGUUUCUUGUUGCCCAGGUUGCUGGUACUAGCUAGUUCAACAACUAACAAGCAUUAAGGAGGUCUGAUACACCUUUGAAUUCGGUGUUCCUUAGGCAGGCUUGUAGUCCCUUCACAUGGGAGGGGUGGAAAGCAGUCCUUUUCUCCUCUUCCGUGGUCUGUGGGGAGGGGAAAUAAAAUAGCCCGUUGGUUCUGUUGUUAUCACUAUUGGAAUGAGGAGUGGAGGCAAGUUUGGAAGCUGAUGAAAUAAUAAUGAUGUUAGCUGGCAUCUAUAAAGCACUUAACAUGUGUUCUCAAUGCAGUCCUUACAAAGACCCUGGCAAGGUAGGUGCUUUUGUUAUCCUUUUACAGAUGAGGAAACAAAUCAAAAGAAGUUUAAGUAGCUUGGCCUUGCGGUCAACACAGCUAGUAAAUGUCUGAGGCUGGAUUGGAACUCAGGGUUUCUUGACCCCAGCUCUAGAGCUCUUUCCACUCUCUGUCCACCUAGUAUUGCCAUUGCAUUUGGCUCAUUAAAGGGAUAAAGUGGAAGAUUACUGCUAUUGAGGCUGACAAGGUAUAAGCACAAGUUAAUAACCAUUCACCCUGUCUCUUCACUGCCAGAGGUUGGACUGGUUCUGACUCAGUUCUGGGGCUGCAGUUCUAGCCUGGGGGUAUCCUCAGGUUUCAUUGCCUCUUAGCAAUCCAUGCUCUACUGGCCUUUAGGAAGAUAGAGAACAAAUCUAGGGCUUUGUUCUGCUUGGGGAUGAGGGAAGAGUGAAAGAACUAAAAUACUGAACCUGCAUUUGAGCAAGCUUGAAUAUGACCUGUAAUGGCAGAUUCUGUUUCCUGGAUAUAAGUGGGAUAUUCCAUUUACUGGACUGUUGGUCAUCUCCUUCUUCAGAAUACACUCUCUUCUUGAGGGACAUGUUCAUAUCACACACUUCAUUGUCUUCUCUCCAGACCACAUGUUCUGAUCCUUCUCCCUACCCCAAGUGUGGGAAAAUCGGGGGGAAAUAUUUUCUUUCUGUAAUUUUUUCUUCUUUCCCAUCCCCUCUGUUGAAGUGGUAACAAUGACUCUUCUCUUUCUGUUGAUGCCACUAGCACCUCAAUCUAGAUCAGACAGAUAAUCUUUAUCAAAAACAAGGUUUACACCUAAGUCUUCCUGACUCCAAGGCAAAUACUUUUACUCCCUAGGCCAGGUUUUUUUUAGCUACAGAUGAACUAAGACCAAUGUUUUUUUUGUUUUUUUUUUCCCCAAAUGGGAGGAGGAAUACUCAAAAGAUACUGUCAAGGUGAAAUGAAGAGGAAUUGGCAAGGAGUUUAGAUGUGGAAGGUCAGGAAGAAUCAAAAGUAACACCUAGGUUUUAAGACUAGGAAGGCGGUAGUGGCAUUACCCCUCAAGGUUUGGGCUACUUGUUAAACCUUACCUACCAGGUUAUUGAUGGGUUCUAAUGUGUAUUGUUGCCCUGACAAAUCACGGACCCUUCACUCAGCUAGUCAGGUGGGUGUGUCAUCUUGAGAAGAAUAAGGUCAGGUGUUCCCAUUCUACAGCCUCCCUUUAGGUCACCCCUCCUAUCGCACCUGCUGUGUAAGCUUCCUGGUUCAAACUUUCAUCACCUUCUGCCUCUUCUAUUACCUUGUAUCUGGACUUCCUACCUACAGUUUUGCCCUCUCCAGUGGACACUAACACACUGCUGGUUCAUAUCUUCUUAAUGGGACUUACUCCUCGCCUUAACCCCUUUGUGAUUUCCCAUUACCUGCUUAAUGUAUACUUCUUAACAUGCACAUUCAAGGCUCUCUGUAAUCUUUUCCAGGCAACUGAACUGCUCGUUUCCCAUUCUUGUUCUUCACUUUCCUGUCUCCACCUUCUCUUGUAGAACCAGUCUGUUACCUGCCUCAUGAAACCUUCCUUCUUGGGUUCUCUUACUACCUUCCCUCAGAUAUCUCAUGGAACUUCUUUUUUUUUUUUUUUUUUGAUGGGAGAGGGACCUCUUUUUGCACUUCACAAUUUUGCCUUGUAUUAUAGUCAUUAGUGUACCUAUCUUCUCUUCCUCCCCAUUCCACUCUUACUAAAUUUGUAAGCUCCUUGCGAGCAAGGGCUGCUUUUCUCAUUUGUAUCUCAGUGCCUUGCACAUAGAAAAACUUUAAUAAACAAAUUGAAUCUGUUGAA